UAGGAGAGUGAUUCGCUGAUUCGUAUAAAGCCAGCGCUAACCAGGUUUUUGUCAUUUCAUUCCCAAGAUUUUGGCAAGUGAGCGUCAGAAGUUAAUACUUUCUGUGGCGUUUUCACGCUGUUGGAUUUUACUUUAUUCGUACAUACUCCUGAACAGAAUAUCAACAUGCUUGACAACGAACUUAACCGCAACAGUGACGUGCAGGUGAUGAACAAGUCAUCCCCUGCUCUGGCACAUCCUUUCUCGGAGAUGUGCUCCUCAGCUUCACUGAGCGUCCCAGAGACCCCCAAGGGCGGCAUAGUGGUCAAGGUCUGCUAUGCUGGAGCAUGCUACUCAGAGGGUCAGUUGAGAAAGAGGCGCAUCAGGCCACGAUUCCCAGGUAUUAGAGACACUUCGUUGUACCCAGGUGUGGAAAUUGCUGGAAUUAUCCAUGACGUGGGCAAUGCACUUCCAAACUGCAACUUCACCCCAGGGGAUAAGGUCAUCAUUUUCCCUGAUGACAAUCUGGCAGACUCUGGCUAUGCUGAAUACCUGGCAAUUGAGGACCCAAACUGCAUCUUGCAAAUUCCUCAGAACAUGUCACUGGAGGUUGCUGCUAUGUUGCCUGGAGGUGCUCUUACUGCUUAUGCUGCAAUUCUUGCAGCCAGGCCACACGUGGAGAAACUUCAGCAAGUUAAAUCUUGCGUGAACGUGUUGGUUGUUGGAGCUGGCGGCCUUGGAUUGUGGACACUUCGUCUUGCACUUCUGCUGAUGGGUGCAAACUGCCAGAAUGUCCGGCUCUUUGUCGCAGACAACUCUAUUGACAAACUGUUGACUGCUCAGGAUCAUGGCUGCUAUGAUAUUGUCCACUGGAAUGAGGAGGACCAUGAGCAGUAUAUCGUUGAACGCACAUUGGAUGCUUGCCGUGGUGGAGUUGAUGUCAUCAUCGACUUUGUCAGUUCUCCCCGCACUAUGCAGAGGUCGCUGAAGGUUCUGAACAGGGAGGGCCUGAUACUUGUGGGAGGCAACUCUAUGACAGAGGUCAGCAUAUCUCUGAAUGCUCUAGCAGCAAAACAGCAGAGCAUUGUGGGUAUUCCAAAAGGCAACUUAAACCAGCUUCAGGAACUGGUCAACUUCGUAACUGAAGGCAAAUUGAGUCCACCUUGCUAUGCAGUCUUCCCCAUUGAAGAUGCCAAUCAGGUUUUCGAUGACUUGUGCGAAUGCAGAAUCACUGGUCGUGCAGUGUUCAGAUUUAGUAACACAGCUACCAUCACAGACAACCAAUAAAAAAGACAUUUUUCAUAGCUGAGAAACUUUUUUUAUGGAGGAAAAGUUGUUUUCUGCCAAACAGUAAGAUGGUGCAACCAUAUGGUAAAAAUUUUCACAAAGCAUUAGCCAUCAUUACCAGUGCUGGACAAGCCAGUGGUGGUGAGGGGGAAGGCCGAUGGCCAGGAUGAACAUGAACAAACAUGAUCAUUAAAGCAUUGGCACCAUGGGUCUUUUAUGCAUUUCAUGUCGAGAUCACACUAGAUGUGCUGUGUGCUGAACUUGGCAGAAGCUUUAAACUACCCACCCUAUGCUACUGGCUGGACAGGAGGCUUGUGGGAUGACAAACAGGAGGUGCAGUGCUGACAGAACCGUCAGAUAAAGGUUAUUGCUGCUGGUCAGUUUCCACAACUUGAUCAAAGAAGAAAAAAGUUAACUACCUCACUGAUUUAGGUUCUGACUGAAAGUCACUGGAGGUGGCUAGGUCUUCACCAGCGAAAAAUGAUUGAGCCUUUUUUGUCACAAGUGUAAAACAGGAUGACAAGCUAGAAGGACUAUACCUGUAUUCAUAUGCACAUUUUCUAUGUAGUAAGCCAUUGAACUCUUGGUUUCAACUUGCAGAGAUGUGUGAGGCUUAGCACUGCAUUCUAACUCCUAAUAAGCCUUGUUGCUCAAAAGGCUUCUACUUAGCUUUCCUGUGAUCAUUGGAACUAGAUAGUUUGUAAAUGAUGUGUAUGCAGGGAAGAGAGACUGAAAAGAUGCGUGUAUGAAAUUGAGUGGAAAGCCUAAUUUUACUUGUCCUCAUCUUCAUGGUAUCAUUAGAGUAUGCUCAUCACAGACCUCAUCAGAAUAGCAUUAUAUUAACUGCAUAGUGUGUUUUGUGUGCCUGAGACUUAUUUUAAAUGGGUAUAUGAAAAGUGGAUGAAACUGAAAAAGUUAUUGGGUGACUGGUUUAUUUUUAUGGGUAUGACGACAUGAAAUGGUCAAAUCUGUGAAAAAUGGCAUAUACAGAAGGUUGUUGGAGGUACAUAGCCUCUUUAUGUAUGUAAGGGAGAAUGGGUGGGUGUGCGCGAUCUGUUAAAUGGACAAAGAAGUGUGUUUCCAUUAUUCACCAUGCAAGUGCUGUUCUAACCAUGUGGCAUUUUCAUUGAAAAACGUUUACCCUAGAACAGUAUUUCUAUGGAGUAGAAAAAUGCCAACUAUUGCAAUGGUGGUGUUUGUUUUAGAGCAGUUUGUUUUGUGUGCAAAUUUGUUUUCUGGUAACACUAAAGACCAUGUUUGUGACGUGUAAAGAGUAAAGAAGAAAAUAUUUUGUUUUGUAUAAGAUAUUAUAUCAUCUAUAUAAAGCUGUGAUUAAUGCGUCAUUUUUAUGUUUCAUCACCAUUCUGUCAAUGGAGCCUCUUAUUAUGGUGGAAAAAAUCUGAAUUUGUUUUUAAUUAUUGAGGCACCAUGUAUGGAGAUAUUUCUUACAUUUGCUGUAUAUUUGAUCUUGCAUGAUGUGAACUUAAAGAAACACGGAAUCAGAUUAAAAUAAAAGUAAAACAAAUA